AUGCAUAGUGAAAGUGGUCAAUCGUGUCUUACUAUAACUAACCAGUCCUUAUCAAACGUAUUGGAACAAUCUCCGUACCAAAUGCAUGUAACAGUAAGUAAUCCUAAUGAAUGUAAUCUCACAAAAAAUCACACAAUAACAAGCCAAUCAUUAUCGCAAGACCAUACCACUCAGAUACAAGACUCAGUACCUACUACGUCAGGUGGCGCUUCCAAUGAUGGCAUUCCUAAUUUUUCUAAUGACAAUAGCUCUGAGUUUGACGACUCUGACAAAGAUCCAACGUACAUUUCUGCAUUCGAGAAAUCCUCCAGUAUCACAAGUUAUACUGAAGACACGGAAGAAGUAUUGAAUAAGACACAUCAAAAUAGCAAUUGUGUCUUAGACGUCGUAGCUUAG